GCGCGGCGGCGGCGGGAGCGCGGGGGCUGCUGGGGCCGCCCCCCCCCGCCAUGAGCUGGCGGCGGCUGCGCGGAGCCAUCGCACGGGCCAUGCAGGGACCAAGACCUGUGGUUCUGAGUGGCCCAUCAGGUGCAGGGAAGAGCACUUUGUUAAAGAAACUGCUCAAAGAUUAUGAGAAUGUCUUUGGCUUCAGCGUUUCCCAUACCACAAGGCAGCCAAGACCUGGAGAAGUAAAUGGCAAAGAUUACCACUUUGUGACCAGAGAGGAAAUGCAGAAAGAUAUUGAUGCUGGUGAAUUCAUCGAGCACGCAGAAUUCUCCGGAAAUAUGUACGGGACGAGUAAAGGUGCAGUGCAGGCUGUCCAGGCCCAGAACCAGAUCUGUGUCCUCGACAUUGACAUCCAGGGUGUGAAGAACAUCAAGAAGACAGACCUGGACCCCAUCUACAUCUCAGUGCAGCCUCCCUCCAUAGACAUCUUGGAAAAAAGACUCCGUGACCGAAAGACUGAGACAGAAGAAAGUUUAACGAAGCGUUUGACUGCAGCCCGCAUAGAUUUGGAACUCAGUAAAGAGCCUGGCCUGUUUGAUUUGGUCAUUAUUAAUGAUGAUUUAGAAAAAGCGUAUUCCGAACUGAAGGAAGCACUCCUGGAGGAAAUUAAGAAGACCCAAGAAUCCAGGAAGUCCUGAGCUGCACCUUCUGGGGCAUUUUAACUUUGCACAUCAUUCCCGAAGAACAUCACACCAUUUUAUUCUGAGAGACAUUCCCUUUAGGCUGAUCCUCCUCCCAACUCACUGUAGGAUGUUUCUAUUAAAAGGAAAGAAAACAAAA